CUUGUCUCAAGGUCCUACAGACUCUGCAGAUUGCUCACAACAAGUUACAAACAGUGGAAGACAUACAGCACUUGCAAGAAUGCCCAAGUAUUUCUGUUCUUGAUCUUUCCCACAACAAUCUAAGUGAUCCAGCUAUUGUAACUGUUCUGGAGACCAUGCCUAAUUUGCAUGUGCUGAAUUUGCUGGGAAACCAGGUGAUAAAGAACAUUGCUAAUUAUAGAAAAACACUUACUGUUCAACUAAAACAACUAAUGUAUCUGGAUGACAGACCAGUUUUCCCAAAAGAUAGAGCCUGUGCAGAAGCCUGGGCUGUUGGAGGUCUGGAAGCUGAGAAAGCAGAAAGGGAAAAAUGGGAAACCAGAGAGAGAAAAAAAAUCCAAGAUAGCAUCGAUGCUUUAGCAGCAAUCAGGCGAAAAACAGAGGAAAAGAAAAGAAGAAAGUAUAUGGAAGAAAGAAGGGCAAGUGCUAAAUCUGGAAAUGGAGAUGCAGCAGACAUCCUAGAAGGGGCAUCUAAAAAUUCAGAUGACAAAGAUGGAAAUUCUAAUACACUGGAGACUUCAAAUAUAUCAGAAGAGGAAGAAAUUCAAGAGAAGACGUACAAGUUUACAAAUGAAAGUUUUGAUGCUCAUGAUGAGGUGAUAACACUUUUACCAAAUGGGAGAGAGAACACAGAUUUCACAUCUGCUAAAAUUCAAGAGGAUGCACAGGAAUCAAACUCUUACAAAUGCCCAAACUUCAACAAGGAGACAGAUGAUCUACCAAAAGAGAAGACAGCUACUGAAAAGGCCAUGCUUCCUGAACUGGGUCAGUAUGCUGAAAUUGAACAAACCAAACUGGAGACACUGGAGAAACUUUGUCUUGAUGAAUUGCCUGAUUUAGAAGACAUUGAUGUAAAUGAAUUUCCCCCAGACGAGGAAACCUUUGUUCUAAAGCAGGAAUAUCACCCAAAGAUAGAAAUAAUUGCUGAAACGACAAAUGACAGUGAUUCAGCAUUAGAGGAAAACAAUAAAAGCGUGUUUGAGAAUUCAGAAAGAGAAGAAGUUCCAACAGCAAUCUUUUCAAGUGCGUGUAAGAUACACAAAGAGCAUGGAAAGGAGCCGUUAAGACCCCUUGUUGAAAGCUUCUUUACACAGCCUGCUAAUUCCAAAAGAUACCAAGAGAUCAAAGAUCUACAAACAACCCCGUCAAGACCCUUGAUACAAGUGAUUAACACUGAGCCCGAGGAUAAUCUACUUAUGUCACCAGUCCACAAGCAACCAGAUGUCCCAAGCCCAACAGAAGAGGAUGGGAAUGGCAGCGAUGGAGAAGCACAGUACCCAGCUGAGAGUGAAGGAUGUCCUCAUGAGGCAUGGGACAACAGGGACAGUGAGAGUGGUUUAGAUUAA